CCAUAUACAAAUUAUGUAUAAAUGAGGAGAGACUAGGGGUUAAUUUGGCGCAACAAACUUGACCAAGAGAAAUGGGCAUUGAGAUGAGAGUUUUUCUAAUGGUAGGCAUGGUUUUAUGCCUUGUCUCCAUUGCACAUGCCGCACAAGGGACUGCCGUUUGGUACAAACCUCCUUAUACGCCAUCAAAGUGCUAUGGGAAUCAAAAUAAUGGAGCAAUGGUUGCUGGUGUAAGUGAUAAACUGUGGAAUAAUGGAGCAGCAUGUGGAAAAAUGUAUAGAGUGAGAUGCAUAGGAGGGGCAAACCUUGCACCUCACCCUUGCAAACAAGGUACCAGCGUUGUAGUUAAAAUUGUCGAUUAUUGUCAAAGAGGCUGCACUGGAGAUAUUAAUCUCUCUAGAGAUGCCUUCGCUCAAAUUGCUGAUGUUGAUGCCGGCAUUGUUAAAGUUCAAUAUGACCAGGCUUGAAGCUUGGAAUAGAAUUUUUCGAAGGCAAACUGCUUAAGUAGCAUAGAAUAAGAAACAGAUGAUGAUGAAGCUUGUCUAGUGUGAAAAUCAUAUAUAUGAGAAUAAUAAUUUUAAAGUAUUAAAUUAAUGGGACUCUUAUCAUAUAUCUUUUGGUUUUUCAAUCAAGUACUCAUGGAUAAGCAAUGACUAGCUCUUGCGACUACCAUUAUGUGUUGGUCUUGCUAUAUAAUAGUAAUUUAAUUCAUAAAA